AAGAUGCCUGGUAUAGAACUUAUAGUUUAAAGAAAAAAAUACAAGAUACUUGGUAUAAAGAUCUAAACAAAGAUAUUACAGAGAAAGAAUAUAUAGAAAUGCUUACAAACUUAAAAAAGAAUACAGUACUAGGAAUUUCAAAUAUCACUUAUAUGCUGAUUAAAACAGCAA